AUGGCUGAAUCAGAAGCUCAUUUUCAUAGUUCGAUGAAGCUGGAAUUUUGGUAUUUAUGGCAUAAGUUUAGGUGGCUUGUUCAUGUAUCAUGUCGAAGUAGUGGCUCAUGUUGCGGUGUUAGUGCAUUGAUUGGUAAAUGA